GGCGAUUUGUCGGUUUCCCCCUCUGCAAGAAAUUGAUCAUAUAAAGCGAGGUGAAGCCAAGAAGGCGAAGAAGAGGAAAUUGCAGACAAUUGAGAGAAAAUGGCGUCGUCGUCAGAGGAGAACUUGAAGCAACAAUUGCAGGAAUUGCAGAAACAGCUUGGGAAGAAGCAGAUGUUCGAGGAAGCUGUUUUAUCGAUUAAGUCUCUGCUUGUUGAUCACUACUCUUCUUCUUCACCUUCUCUGCGAAAAUUGUUUUAUUCAGUUGUAUGCCGGGUUGCUACUAUUUUGAGGACCAGAUACACUGCUCCCGGGUUCUGGCUUUCUGGGCUAAGGCUUUUUGAGCAGGCUGAAUCCAUGGUGACUGAUUCUUCUGAGAAGGAGAACUUGAAGAGUUGCAUUGCUGGUGCUAGGCAGCAGCUGAACCAUGUGGAGAAUCUGUCUGAAGCUUCGGAAACAACAGAAAAUAGGGCUAAUAGAGGAUACCUUUUCGAGGGGCAUCUCACUGUGGAUCCCGAGCCUCCAAGACCCCAAUGGCUGGUGCAAUCUAACAACCUCUUGACAGCUGCUGCUACACUUUCUAACUUAGAAUCAGCCAAUGGUCUUACAGAAAAUAAUAAUAUCACAUCAGAAAAUGCUGCUAGUAUACUUUUGCAGCUGAUGGAUGACCUUCAGGAUAUUGUGCCUGAGAUCCUGGACAAUGAUACUAGAGCCCCAAGAGUACCACCUGCCAGUAAAGAAGUGGUGGCGAAUCUCCCAGUUAUUACUCUUACAGAAGACGCCUUAUCAAAGCUCAGUGGUGAUGCAGAAUGUGCUAUUUGCAAGGAGAACUUCGUUGUAGAUGACAAAAUGCAAGAGUUGCCCUGCAAGCACACAUUUCACCCUCCCUGUUUAAAGCCGUGGCUGGAUAAGCACAAUUCUUGCCCAAUCUGUCGGCAUGAACUGCUCACUGAUGAUCGUGCCUAUGAGAGCUGGAAGCAGAGGGAGAAGGAGGCCGAAGAAGAGAGGAAAGGGGCUGCAAAUGCAGUUCGCGGGGGUGAAUACAUGUAUGUUUAGUUACUUGUUUCAGUUUCUGUUGUACUGAUAGUGAUCCCUUUGUCAAAUGUUGUCUUUCUGGGCUUUCUUUGUAGCAUGUUUUCCGUGAAAACUCUCAAUUCCAUAGUUAUAACUAUACCAUCUGCAUUGGAUCUUGAAGACUGCUGAAAAUUUAAGAAAAAGAUUGGUGGUUAUUUCA